AAAAAAACAACAUGGCAUCCGUCGAAAAUUGGAAUUUCAACGAAAUAUUCUCCAGUAUACUACAGAUCCCAAGCUACCACUUGUUGUUUGAGGGUCUCUUGAUUGUGGUGAUUAUCAGAUUGUUCUUUACACAGAGUUACAAGCCAGAACACAACCUCUCAGACAAGGAGAAGAAAGAGCUGGUUGAAGAAUGGACACCAGAACCGUUAGUCCCAGACACACCUAGUGACCACCCUGCCUUACUAGCCCUAGUGCAUGAUAAUGUUGUCUCAGGGCCUAUUGGUAAACUAUUGAACAUCAAUGGCCAACCCUGCAUCAACUUGGCAACAUUUAACUUCCUUGGACUGGCAGGGAACUGCUCAAUAAAGGAAGAGGCAGUCAGAUCACUGAGAAAGUAUGGAGUCGGUUCAUGUGGCCCAAGAGGUUUCUAUGGAACAGUUGAUGUACAUUUAGAACUGGAAGAGAAACUUGCCAAGUACAUGCAGUGUGAAGAGGCCAUACUUUAUUCUUAUGGAUUUGCAACAGUGGCCAGUGCCAUUCCUGCUUAUUCUAAAAGGGGUGAUGUCAUAUUCUGUGAUGAUGGGGUGUCAUUUGCUAUUCAGAAAGGUAUUCAGGCCUCUCGUAGUAAGGUUGUCUAUUUCAAACACAAUGACAUGCAAGAUCUUGAAAGAGUACUGAAAGAACAGGACAUUGAGGACAAAAAGAAUCCCAAAAAGGCCAAAGUGACUCGAAGGUUUAUGAUAGUAGAGGGCUUAUAUCUAAACCAUGGAGAUAUUUGUCCUCUUCCUCAACUGAUUGAUCUCAAGUGGAAAUACAAGGUGCGAAUAUUUAUAGAUGAGAGUAUCUCAUUUGGAACUCUGGGAAAAUCUGGUAAAGGAGUAACAGAACACUUUAACAUACCUGUAAGUGAGAUCGAUCUGAUAACAGCCAGCAUAGAGAACAGUGUGGGGUCUAUAGGAGGCUUCUGCUGUGGGAAAGCUUAUGUAGUGGAUCACCAGCGCCUAUCAGGUCUUGGAUAUUGUUUCUCAGCAUCUCUUCCCCCUAUGCUUGCCUCUGCUGCCAUCCAGUCUCUCAACAUCAUGCGAGAAAAGCCGCAAAUAUUCCAGUCUCUUCAACAAAAUGCACAGUAUAUGCACAACCAACUACAAAGAUUGCCAGGGUUAACAGUUUGUGGUCUCCCAGUGUCACCUAUUCAACACCUUCGACUGAUCAAACCCACUGGCGACAGAUCAAGAGACCAAAAGACUUUACAGAAAAUAGUAGAUCUGGCCAGGGACAAAGGGGUAGCAUUGACAGUGGCUAGGUACCUGGACACAGAGGAACAACAUUUACCACCUGUCAGCAUACGUGUAACAGUAAAUAUUGAACUCAAGGAAGAAGAUAUGAAAAAGUCAGUAGAUGUGCUAGAAACCAUAGUGAGGACUGUUCUACAAUAGCAGCCUCCCAGAGACAUGCAGAUGCCAAAUCUCCUAGUAAUUUGUCUUCAAUGUGAUAAGAGAGGAGAGUACUCAAGAACCUUUCAUUCUAUAAUUUGUUAUGUUUUUAAAGUCUGACUUUAUCAGUAAUUUGAUAUUAGAUUACUCUUUGAGAUUGUUCGGUACAUGUAAACCUUUUAAUUAAUUGUCUGUAAUUAAGUGUAAUUAAUUGCAGUUGGUAAUGGUAUGGUAAUGAUUGCACAUAUCAAUAAUGAUCAUUAAGCAUUGCUUUUGUGUGAAUGCAAUGUGUACAUGUAAGGAAUUCUGUGUCAGAACAAAUGUAUAACAUUUUUCUAUGUGAAGAAUGUCCAACUUCAACGGAUGAUUUCUCAAAUGUAUUGGAAUCAUGGUUUAAAUAUUUAGGUUUCUCAAGGUACCUUUAUGUUCACUAUUGCAAAGUUGUUGUACAAUUGAACUAUGUCAUUCAUAAUUUGCAGUAAUUGCUUAUGUAUGCCAGGUAACACAAUCUACUAGUAAUUUUCACCCACCGUAAACAACCACGAAGAAAGCAGAUUUUAAUUUGAUUAUUUUAAUUUCAGUACAAUUAUAUUAUCAUUAAACUCUUUAUACUGCAGGACACAAUGUUGUGUUGUUAACAAUAAAUGAACUCUGGAUCAAUAUAUACAUCAAAAUGUCAUAAUUAAUGAUAACAAUUGAUAGAGAUGAACCAAUCAAUACAACAGAUCUAUUACUUUCUGACUUAAUAGAAUUCUACAAUUGCAUCAAGUAUAAAUGAGGAUUGAAUAACAGUGCUUUUGUGAACUUAACCUUGGGUUGGUCAGACAAUGAAAAAUAGUUUCUGUUCGCAUAAAAAAGUUUGUCCUGUAGGAUCCCUACCAAACACUUAUUCAGAUUAUAUAGAAACAAAUGAGUAAUGCCCUGUCAGGCUUGAUACAUUGUAAAAACAUUUUGCAUGUGUUUAGCUCAUUUAUUUAUUAUUAGAAUGGCAGGCGACCAGAAACAAGAAUAUUUUUUCUGGUCUAACAUUCGUUUUUAAUCUGUAGUGAUCAAAGUAUAAUGUAGUCUUAUAUAGGUGUUGACACUUUGUUAUUGUUGCUUUAGCAACAGAUCAAUUUGAUAGGAACCUUAUAAUUUGUAAGAUUUAUUACAUAAUUACUGAUCAUUUGACUCUGAGAUUCUUUGUUAGUAUUAUGUCUCUUAAUCUUUAUUGUCUUUCUCAAGCACCAUGUUUGGUUUAAAACUGUUAUUUUCGUUUUAUAUCACUAACACUGAUUAUGUUAUAUAACAUACUUUUAUUGUAGCCACAUCAUGCAUACAAUGAUAUAUUUUCACUGUUGAUUUUAAUUACAUUUUGAUAAAGUUACACAAUGAUCAUUGAUACUUUAUGGUGUAAAACAAGCAAGACUGAAAAAAUAAAUAUUUUCUGAUAUUACAUAUAUCAUGAGUUUCUGUGAGGUUUAUGGAGUCAAGCCAACAAAUGAUUUAUAUUAGGAAUACAUUUCCAAUAUUGUCUUUGAUGUGAUUCAUUCAGAACAGAAAAAGCAACAGACCUACGUGUUUGUCAAAUCAAGUGUCAGUCUUCCAAUGGCACAAGUAAAUAAUUUUGUGCGUCAAAGAUACUUUUUAUCCUUGGGUGCUAUAAUAUUGUGAUCAUUUGGACAGGUGGACAUCCCACUUAAUUUUAUCAACGGAUUGAUUUAAAAUUCAGGAACGAUUUUUUGUAUGAAAAUCUCGAAUUAAUAGUUUGUGUGCAUUUUUACAUUAUAUAUACAAAAUAUCGUUUAUCCAAAGUAUUCACUUCAGAAUGUUUUGGCGCAUAUUCGUAAUAUUGGCCACAGAUUUUUUCGUACUACAUGUAUGUAUGAGUGUAAGUCACUGCUGAAUGCCUUUGGAUAGCCCUCUCGUAUAUAAAUUGUAAACAAAAGAAUAAAAUACAAACUCAAUGUAGAUACGUCGUCGGUAGUGUUCAAUUUCAGAUUUU